GCAAUCAAAGAAACCCCCAUCUUCCCCCCCUUUCCCUUUGCCCUACUCUUUCUUGAGCCACAGUCCCAACCCUUAUCUUCUUCUUCCCUUCUCCCAAGGCCCAAGAAAAUGGUUCCCGAAGCUUCAGCCUCCGCAGCCCCCCCGCCUUCCGCCGCUGUCGCCGUCGCCGUCGUCCCCGCGCCAUCCCCUGCCAGCUCGUGUGCUCCUGCAGCUGCAGCCGCCGUUUCCAUGGCGAGCUCUGAUGGCGGUGCCGGAGGCGGAGCUGCUAAUGCUCCUCCACGGCCGGUCACUGCUCUGGCUCCGGGUUUCAGGUUCCACCCCACCGACGAGGAGCUGGUGAUCUACUACCUGAAGCGCAAAAUCUGCGGGAGAUCCUUCCGCUUUGAUGUCAUUACGAGCGUGGACAUUUACAAAACCGAACCUUGGGAGCUCCCAGGUAAGGCCCAGAUAAAAACUCGAGACCAAGAGUGGUACUUCUUCAGCGCAUUAGACCGCAAAUAUGCGAAUGGGGCAAGGAUGAAUAGGGCCACGGACAAAGGGUACUGGAAAGCCACUGGGAACGAUCGGGUUGUCAAGCACGACACGCGUGCUGUGGGUUUGAAGAAGACCCUAGUGUUCCAUUAUGGGCGGGCCCCUGAUGGCAAGAGAACGAACUGGGUCAUGCACGAAUACAGGCUCGUGGAAGCAGAGCUUAACAAAUGUGGUGUAGGGAAGGACCCAUAUGUGCUGUGUAGAGUCUUUCACAAGUCCAACAUGGGCCCUCCAAUCGGACACCGGUAUGCCCCGUUUGUCGAGGAGGAAUGGGAUGAUGAAGAUACAGUUCUCCCCGGAGAAGUGGUGGGAGAGGAAGCACCAGCGGCUGAAGCUACCGAAGCUGAGCAGGAAUUACCAUCUUCUGAGGCUGCUGCUGUUCCUCAUACCAACCUCCCAACAAAGACCCGUUGCCUGUUGGAUGUGUGCAAGAACGAGAGGCUUGAUGCUUCUCCUGGCCCAGAUAAUGGGGACAACACUCCAACUAUACUUCGAUACAAGAGAAGGAAGAUCAUUGACUUGAACUCAAAAGCUUCCGACUGUUCUGAGAACUCGAUCAAGGCACAUCAAGGUCCCUGCUCGUCUUCUACAACCACAGCAACGACCCAGGAGACAAACCAGUCGAGUCGCUUAUCUGCUCUCGUGGAGUACUCGUUAAUGGAGUCUCUGCAACAGAAGGAGAGCUCCCCUGCGCCCCGAUCCACAUUUGAUGCUUCUGUUCUUGAUUCUUCUGUUCCUCCAGAAUACAUUGGGUUUAUCAGUAGUCUACAGGAGGAAGUGUAUAAGGUCUCGAUGGACAGGGAGACCUUGAGGCUUGAGAUGUUUAGUGUCCGAGCCAUGAUGAACAUUCUCCAGUCCCGAAUUGAAAACCUGACCAAAGAGAAUGAGGAGCUGAAGAAGAAAAUUCAAGACGGUUAAUUUUCCCCUCGCCUCUUUGGCCUUUGUUUGUCGACUUAUCUCAUUUUAGAUAUCUAUCAAUGCUUCGUAGAAUGUUAAGAGUAGCUGUGUACCAUGGCCAUUGAUGGGGCCUUUGUCCAUCAUCAAUCAAGAAAAGGAACUCACCAGUUAGGCCUUUUUUCCCCCUCUCUAGUUAUGCUUGUGAAAUAUCGUAGUAGUGUACCGUGGCUAUUGGUGGGGCCCUUGUCCAUCAAGUUAAUCGAGUUAAUGAAUGUUAGCUUAGCUCGGAUUUACCCUUUUUUUCUUGGAA